GUUCUCACCUGUAUCACCACUAUCAUCUCGCGCAUCAUUAUAGUACCAGCAUAGAGCUACUCUCGAUGACACUCUCAUCAUGACCCACGACCUGCCCUCGACGUCGCCCUCCCAGGCCGUCCACCUGCUCGUCCUUCGAGCACUCCUCUCAAACGGCUUCGAAUCAGCUUCUCACCAAGCGACCUUGACCUUGUCCUCCAUCCUCUCCCGGUAUCUCGGCUUACUCGGACAGGCCUCUCUAGACAAUGCUCAGGAUUCGGGGAGGAGAGCGGUCGGGGUGUACGAUGUGGUCGAGGCUAUCGAGUCGGUCGGGGGGUUGGGGCUGGGGUUGAUGCGCGAGGUGCUAGAGGACGAUCUUGAACGAGAAGAAGGUCGAUUGAUAUUCGACGGGAUGGAGAGACUGGCAGAACGAACCCGUGAUGGACUCUCGCCACAGCGUGUUUUGGAACAGUAUGAAUACGUUCCUAUCCCGACCAGCCCGUCGGUCUCGGCUUCCGCAUCACCAUCAUCUAGUCGAGGCAAGCCGUUGGAUUUGGAAGAACAGGCGUCGAGCGAUAAUGAAGUCGCCGAGCGUAUGCAAACGGACGAGGACGAGGGAUAUGGUGGAAGCGAGGACGAGAUGGAUAGAUCGCCAAGGGCUACCAGUCCGAGGGUGCUCGAGCAGAAAAUCAAAAUUACAAGCGAGGUACCUGAGGAUAGCGAUGUUAUCGGAGGGAAACGAUCACGACCGUUCGAAUGGAUGCGGGACGAACCGGAUGAUCCUCAUGAUGCCGCCUUUCUACCCCCAUUGCCUGGCAAGAAACGUAAAACGAGCUCGUCACACGACGACCUUGUUUCCGAUUCUCAACUCGCCUUACCUUCGACCGAGACCCCUACACGUCUCAGUCCAGAGCCCGACUCUGCCACGGUCGAGAGGGAACUUACCAGCCGACGAGCCAACCGGACUCAACUCGAUCCAUAUACUUCUGCACCUAUCCCGUAUGCCUCGUCCGCUCUGCGGUACGCUCAUCACGCACCAGGCGUAGGCACCGGUUUCAAGAACCGCUCUUCCGGACCUCGUCUCCCCGUCCGAACAUUGAUUCCCGAUACCUUGCAAAGCCUCGUCAAAACCUACCAAGCUGCCAAAAACGCAGCCAAAGAUCCACCUCAAUCCGUCAGCGCUCGAUCUUACCGAGCGACGGUUGCGGACAUUGUAUCGCAUACGACGGGUCAUCCUGCUCCCUUUAUGCUCGCUGCGGGGACACAUCAGGUCCCAGGGUCGAGCAAGGAUCAUACGGGGACGAUCCCGAGAGGUAGCCCUUACGUACCGUCUUACCCUGUCUACGCAUCAUCAGGGUUGCCCGUCAACACCGACCACGAAAAAGACAAGAAACUGCCCGAGGUCUAUCCUACGUCUCGUCUGUCGAUCAAGACCGAAGAGACUUACCCACCCACGCUCGCACUCUCAUUACAACCCUCGCCUCGGCACUUUGAUCCAUCCCGCCCUGCACUGUUGGAGACGGUCCUCACCGAAUUCCCCGGUCAUCCCGAUCCGAGCAGGGAGACUUAUCCUUUCCCCCGCUCUUCAUGGUUGAAGCCGUCCCUGGUCUCUACUCACACUCGGAUAACACCACCAACGGCGCUCCGGGUGGAUGCCGCUCGAGCGGCAGAGGAAGGGCUGAACGAGGGAGACUUGGCGUUGUAUGGAGAACCCGUACGGGCUCCCGGUCAACCCGACCCCGAGGGUAAAGCUGCGAAACGCGCGAGGGAGAAGAAGAAGCUUAAAGAAAAGGGGCUUGUGGGUGUACCCAAGAUUCGGUUUACGAUCAACGAGUCUGCUCCGAACGCAGGGGAUGUGAACAUGAUCGGACCGGACGGUCAGCCGAUCGGAGGGGACAAGGUCGAGGAAAAGGAAGAGAUACUCUUGAGAGCCACAUGGCCGAUAUCGGAAGAACGAGGCGAUUGGCAGACUCGUCUAGAGCUGCCCGAGGAGGAUGCGUCGAGCACGGGAAACUUGAUCGCCUACGGUUGGGGACGACGACCUUUGUCCGUCACCUCGGGUACGCCUAUGGAGCCGGACUCGAUCGGACAGAGACUCGGGGGGAUAGUCAAGCAUCCCAAGAUCGAGACGCCUAGUUAUGGCUCUGUGGCCAAGACGGAGAACGGACACGCAAGUCAGACGAGCCAAAUCCGUCGUGCUUCGAGUACCGCCUCUGGUCACGCUGGCAUUACGAACGAGACCACGAUCCAACCACCUAGGUCGCUGAAACUCAAGAUCAAAACGCCCAUAUCGGAAGGACCGCCUUCGACGCCAGGAUCCGGACGUGCCCCGCCUGGGAGCAUGUUGCCGCCCAUGACGCCGACGCCUGGUCAAGAACACCGUGACGAUUCCACCGUCAAUGGCAGUCAGGCGUCCAGUGCGUUUGGACGCACUACAUCUAUCAAGCUCAAACUACCCUCGCGGCCGAACUUCAAAACGUCGCCGUCUCCGGGUUCAUGA